AUGAAACCCAGCAAUGAUACACAAAUUUCAGAGUUUCUUCUUCUGGGAUUUUCAGAGGAACCAGAACUGCAACCCUUCAUAUUUGGGCUUUUCCUCUCCAUGUACCUGAUCACAGUGGUUGGAAACCUGCUCAUCAUCCUGACCGUCUGCUCUGACUCCCACCUCCACACUCCCAUGUACUUCUUCCUGGCCAACCUGUCCUUUGUAGACAUCUUUUCCACUUCCACCACUGUCCUUAAGAUGCUGAUGAAUAUACAGACAGAAAGUAAAGUCAUAACCUUUGCAGGCUGUGUCACACAGAUUUAUUUUUUCAUACUCUUUGCUGUGUUGGACGUCUUUAUCCUGAGUGUGAUGGCCUAUGAUCGCUUUGUGGCCAUCUGUCACCCCCUACACUACACAGUCAUCAUGAACCCCCGGUUCUGUGGACUGCUGGUUCUGUUGUCCUGGAUCAUGUGCAUCCUGAAUUCCUUGUUGCAAAGUUUAAUGAUGUUGCGACUUUCCUUCUGUACACAGGUGAAAAUCCCUCACUUUUUUUGUGAACUCAAUGAGAUGGUCCAACUUGCCUGUUCUGAUACCUUCCUUAAUAAUUUGGUGAUGUAUUUUGCAGCUGUCCUGCUGGGUGGUGGUCCUUUUGCUGGGAUCCUUUACUCUUAUUCUAAAAUUGUUUCCUCCAUACGUAGAAUAUCAUCAGCUAGGGGCAAGUAUAAAGCAUUUUCCACCUGUGCAUCUCACCUUUCUGUUGUCUCAUUAUUUUAUUGUACAAUGCUAGGUGUGUAUCUUAGCUCUGCUGCUACCCAGAGCUCCCACGCAAGUGCAGUGGCCUCAGUGAUGUACACGGUGGUCACACCCAUGCUGAACCCCUUCAUCUACAGCCUGAGGAACAAAGAUAUAAAGAGGGCUCCUGGGAGACUUAUCUCAACCUCCUUCCUGCCAUCUUGUCAGGGGACAGAAUUUAGUCACCAUCAUCCUGACACAGGAGGAAUUCAGAUUGCCACAUAG